UCAUGUGUCUUAUCACUUCGCCGGGGGAGGAUCUCGAAAAUUUAUUUUCGCAGCUGAGAAAACCUUUGCUCUCUGACGUGAGAUGGUGAUAUAAUAUUGAUUUAUGUUCCAUAUAUUGUGCCAAGACAGGUUUUGUCAUGAUGGAUGGGCAGUCAGAAAACCAAAGUACAAAAAAGCGAGGAAUGACCAGAUUUCAAGUAGACGAAGUCCAAGAGAGUAAUAAUGGUAAUGGUCAUUCCCUGGUCAAUCUUGAUGAGGUCAAGACUUCAUGUGAUGAUGGUAUGACACCAGUGGACCUUCGUAGCAGAACAAACUCUGUUGUAGACCCAGCCGUAGUGGACAUUAGCCAUCCGAUCAAGGCUUUGAAGAUACCAAGAGAACUCUGGCUAAAGAUCUUUGUUGUCCUACUGUUUGUUUUGAUCGUCAUUGGUACUACCUGUAUUCUCCUAUUCUAUUCGGAACCACCUCUACAUUACAAGGUUGGGAGACUACUAUUCUAUGUGGACACUAAAACUGUACGAGUCAGCUACAGAGGAAGUAACUAUACGCACAGCUCUGUUGGGUUAAAUUUACCGCUUGUUACUCCUUCGACCUGUGCGGCAACCACAGACAGGAGACUGUGUUUAGAAUGGAGAGAGUACGGCCAGCUGGAGAUCGAUUGGUUAGAGUUGGACAACAUGGAUUGUUAUGAAUUUGCAUGGACGGCCAUCCAUCAGGAGGUUCUUCACAAAGAUUGCUUUUCAUUCCAGAAUGCACACUGGUAUGGUGGAGCAGUCAUUGCAAAUCAGCAGUGGCCCAUCGAGGUGGAUGAUAUGCCAUCUCAGCCGUUCUUAUCUGGAGAUGGGUCGUCACCUUUCGGACCAGUCUUGGAACGCUACUGGUUAUCAUCAAACGGAUUGGGAUUGAGAGUCAAUGAUUCUGUGUUUAUCUCAAUGAGCAUGGAUAGUGAGAGACAGGAGAUGUGUCUGGAGUCUGGUCAAUAUGACAUCUCCGUUCGUUCCAAUACGAGUGAGUAUUCUGUUUUGCAGUAUACAAUGUGUCUUGCUUCAGACCUGACAGCGGUUCACAGGAACAUGAGUGAUAAGUUUAUUGUGAGAACUAAGAACACUCCAGAUAGCAAUGUGAUCACAAACCCAACUUGGACCGUAGCUACACCAGCAGACAAAGCUUUAUGGAAUGAUUCAUCGUUAAUUACCACUGCCAACACCCUUCACAAUCUAGGAUAUACCUCAGGCUUAUUUGAGAUCCCAUCAUCGUAUGAAGCAGUAGAAGGAGACCUUGUGUUUGAUGGUAAUCGCUUUAGAGAUGUCUCCACAACCAUGACAAGAAUCCAAGAUCUGGGAUUCACAACAGCUGUCCAAGUUACGCCAUACGUCAGCACCCAGUCGAAGAGCUUUGUGGAGGGUGUGAGUAGCGGGUAUUGGGUAAAUGACCCUCGGGAUCUAGUCCCGGGGCUUACUAAGUGGGGGGACAAUGUAGGAGCUGCCCUUGAUGUGUCCAGCAGCAGUGCCGUCCAGUGGUUUAAAAGCAAACUCAAGUCCAUUCGAGCGAGUGGUGUGGAUGCUUUCACCUUUGAUUAUGGACAAGCAAGUUACUUACCUGUUGGCUUCCAAGUAGAGAACACACUUGAGAUUCCAGAUGAAUAUGCUACCAGGUAUGCUAUUAUUGCCAGUGAGAUGGCAUCACCAUUAGUUAGAUGUGUAUAUCAGUGUCAAAACAUUCCAUUAGUUGCAGAGUUAAUUACAAAGGACCCUACUUGGGAUGGGGAGAAUGGUCUGAAAACCAUUAUCCCAACAGCUCUGACAAUGGGUCUUCAAGGCUACCCAUAUUUUAUGCCAGAUUUAAAAUUCAUGGAGGAUGGGUGUGCCCAGCCUCAAGAUUGUCUCCCAUCCAAAGAGCUCUUCAUACGGUACAUCGAGCUCACUGCUUUUCUCCCUGCUAUGCAUAUACCCACUAUAUUAUCAGAGUACGAUGAGGAGACCAGAAGCAUCGUCCAAAAAUGGGUGAAAUUUCAUCGAGAUGAGAUCGCUCAACUGGUCCUGGACCUCGCUCAAGAGUUCUCCCAGAAAGGUGAUCCUGUCAUCAGACCCCUGUGGUGGUCAGCUCCCACCGAUACAGUUGCUUUUAGGAUCAACUCCCAGUUCAUGGUUGGUGAUGAUCUUCUGGUUGCGCCCAUCUUGGAUCAGGGUGCUACCCAGAGACAUGUGUAUCUUCCGGCAGGUACUUGGGUAGACAAGUCAAAACAACAGCUAUCUGGAGAACAGUGGUUGAAUGAUGUUAGUGUUUUAUUGGGUGAUGUGGCAUAUUACAGGAGGGUACAGUGAUACACCAUUACCGGUACAACAUUUUGCUUCAGUUCAAUUUCUGUAAGGUCCACACAAAUGCAGUGAAAAUGUGUUUAAAGGCUGCUCAAAAGAAACAAGAGAAAUGGUCCUUGUACAUGUACAUGUAGGCUGGUAGUCUUAAUGUACAGGUUCCUUUGAUAAACAGAUUUCAAUGAUAAAUCUUGUUCUAGUGAAACUAAAUAAAGAUGAUCCUUACAGACAGAUGGUCUUUUUGCACAGGUGUUUCCUGAAAACAGUUUUAUUUUGGUAGUAAAUCAUCAAAUUUGAGUAUUAUUCGUACAACAUACUUGCAUGUUCAGUAUAUUACAUCUCUUUACUCUCAACUUUCAACUAUUGUUUUACCAUGUGAUCUUUAAACUGACUCAAGAUAUGUACUGUUCCUAUAUAAAUGUUAUAUAUUUACAUAAAUUAAAGAAAAGAAAUAAUAGAAUAGAAAUAGGCUGAAUACUUAAAUAUAGUAUACAUGUAUAUUGUAGACCAUAUUAUGUUUCAGUACAUUCCUAUUGAAAAUUCCUUGAAUGUUGUGCCACUUGAAAAUUAUUGGUGAAAUGCAAUUCUUUUGUUCAGUACUACAGGUCUGUGUACAUGUAUAAAGAAGAAUAAAUUGAUCAAUGUCAAGGAACAGAUUUGUCGUUGCCAGAUAGUUAGAAUUUUCACCUUAGUCUGAAGGCAUGGGUGAAUUCAACCUGUUGCAAUCCUUACUCCAAUGAAAAAGUAUAUCUACUAUUAAAUAAAAAGCCAUAUGGCACAGACUGAAAGCUGCAGUGGCCCAUGCAUCAUGAUAUCUGAAGAAUAAUACUCAAAAUGUAUAUUGCAUAGGGUUAUUCACUACCCCCCCCCCCCUCCCACCCUCACCCCCAAUGUACUGAAACAGAAGGAUCUUUAGGGGACAAGUAUUUGGUUGAAUAUGGAAAUAGCCUUUCAUGAAGAAGAAUGUGUGGAGGUGCAUAUAAGGUUGAUAUCCUGCUAUUGUUAAAUUUGGCCCAUGAUAUCUGUGCUACACUGUAUGCAUUUUAAAAGACCUCUCGCACAAUAUAGCUAUCUUUUAAUACAUUUGUUUAUGAAUUCUGUGAAACUGCCUAGAGCUAUGUAUACAUUGUUUUAGGGUAGACCAAUGAACUUGAAAGCCGUACUGCAUUUGUGAUAUACAUGUUUUUGUCUUUAUUUCUUGUGAGUCAGCAAUGCAUUUCUGUUUGAAUCAUGCAUGAUAGAAGCUUUGAGGUAUAGGUAAUGGGCUCACAUCCUGUUUCGCAAGAUAACAUGAUUAGAUUCUAAACUUAGUUGUGUGGCAUGAAUGAUGGCAUCCACUUAGUCAAAUGUGAAAUAAAAAUAAGUACAGGAAUUUCAGCUUCACAAUGAUGUGUAAUAGAAUUAACAUUCACAUAUACACUGUAUGCUGGUACAUGUAUGUCUUUGUACCAAGAUCUGCGGUACAUACCCGUAAAUUUAAUCACUUUCAAUGGAAAAUAAAAAAUGUAUUGAAGCAGAUCCAUCAUAAUGUAUCCUAAAAUUGAUUUUUAGACAAAUAUCCAUGAAUAAUAAUCACAACUCUGAGUAGUCUAUGCUCUGAAAGAUAAAUGUGUGCACAUGAGGUAUCCUAGCCAUUAUGCUGCCACAGACGUGAUGUACCACUGUCAGCCAAAACUGGUCACUAUUAUUCUAGUUCAGUGCUGCCAUGUAGAUUUACAAGUAUUUCAUAUUGAACUUUGAGAAGAAAAAGACAGAUUUGUAAAAUAGUAGUUUCUGUGUCAUUGUGUUGUACAUGUACAUUCACCCGGGAUGUUAGAUGAGAAGGAAUGGUUCUCUCAACAAAUACUGAUUUAGUAAAAAAUACUGAUAUAUUGGCAGCUAACUGCACCUUAUACUUUGAGUAGGCCUCCAGACUGUGGAUAGCUGUUGAAAAUAUCAGAUGAAUAUUGUUAGAGGCAUAUGGUACCUGUCACAAAUUUGCAAAAAAAUGAGUCAGAAAUAAUGUGAUGUGUAUGCUUCAUAUGUACCGGUAAUGUAACGCAUGAUGUAUCACACAUGAUUCCAGUUAUAAAUUCUUAGCCAGUGUUAUGUGGUUUACAAUUUUGUUCUUCUCUUUACCUCUUCAGAGGGACUUGUUCCAUUUCAAAAUACAUAUGUGGUUUACAAUACUUUUGUACUUAAUGUUGGCAUUGUUGGGGCACAUAUGAUUCUUUUCAUAUUUCCUUGUAAAAAGAUAAAAAGUUAUAUGUACAUUAGGUCAACUUUCAUAAAGAUGUUUUUAUCAACUAUGUUACUUUUGUUUGCAAAAGCUUAUUUAUUCAUAUUAGUUUUGGUGCUUAACAUUGAUUCUGUUGAACAUUAAAAUAAGAAUGUUUUAUUUUAUAGACAUGUUUUAAUACACAUUGUUGGCAGCAAUGUAGAAGAACUGUUGAAUGCAGACAAUGUGUAGAACCUAUUUUCACAUACUUUGUCAAGGAAUGAUUUUCCUCUCUUCCAGGAAGAAAUGGGGGAAGUGACAUCUUAACCUUUUACGGUUUUAAAGACAGGAACACAUUAACUCUCAAAAUAUAGCUCCCUUACACAUAUCUUUCUAAAAACGAAAAUUCCUUCCUUUUUUUGAGGGGAUGGAUACAUGCAAAUGAAAUGCAAUGUAUGUAUUGUAAUUUGUAAACACAUACUGCAUGCACUUAUUGUUAGCACAGACUCUCUUUUUCUCAGCAAAUUUAUUCAUCCUGUUUAUCUUCAUCAUUCAAAAUCAUUGCCUUCUGUUCUGCAUUUUUGCCAUAGUAAGCAGUUUCAUAUAAGUUGGACUUUGUAUGUCACAGGAAUAUGUUCCUUCUGCAUUAUGUAUUCUUCUACACUGCUACUUUGUCAAGAUCUAAAUGAUACUUGACAGGAAAUAUGGGCCCAUUUAUCGGGUAAAGUGAUUAAUGUAGCUUCAUGAAAGCAUGUAGCGGGUCGAAGCAAAUGAAUGUAAUCAAUUGGAUUAUUUAUUUGAUGGAUGACUUCUGUGUGGAGUAGUGAUCUGUAAUAAACAAGGAUACUGUAUACCUAUCUUCAAUGUAUAGAAGCUAUAGGGGACUAUAGGGGCACAAAGGUGUGUAGGAAUACAAUUGAUACACUCUGCAUGUAAAGCAUGUAACAGCUUGUUCAGAUGUGUUACUGUAAACCAAUGCGAAAAUACCCCACCACUGUUUUUUUCUGUGUAAAAUGAAAGGCUACUUUGCGCAACAAAAUUCACUGAGUUCUGUGUUAUAAUAUUUUAGCUACAUGUACAUGUAUGUGAAGUAUAUAACACUUUAUAUCAUCAUUCUAAAAAUACAUCACAGUUUUGUUGCAGCGUUUCAGAAUGGAAAAGAGUUGGAAAGAGCCAAAGUGAGUCCAAGAAAUUAGAAAUAUGAAGGUUAGAAAAAUGAUGUAAUAUGUAACAGGAGGGUAUUCACCCCUCUAUGUUGUUUUGUAUACCAGAGCAGUCCUUCAAAGUGGCAUUGCUUCUUUCAUAUCCUUCCUCAUCAGAAAGAGAGAAUGACAAAACUCAUCAAUUAUUCCCACCUUUCCCCAUACCCUCAACCUAGUCUACAAGCUCAGACUCUAAGUUGACACUUUAACACAAUUCCUAAAGCCUUGAGCAGAGCUUAGAUCUGCCAGUCUCUGGCCGGUCAGGAACUGUCAAAGUACAGAGCCUACUUUAGUCUCUUAUUGCAGACCCUGUUAUGCACAACACCUAACAAGGGAUUUUAGACCGCAAACUCCCAACAACUUUCUCUUUCCAAUACAAUGAGCUUGUCACCACAUCGUGGCUAGGCUAUGGUACAUACACCGAAGUGUGUGGGUUGAUGACUGCUGCAAUGAUACCCAAUACUCUAACGAUAGGUGCUAGAAGCUUAAAGGUACUGAUGAUAUACAGAGAUACAGACUCUGAAGCCAGUCGGCACGACUCGGCAGCUGAAUAAAUAAAAGAUUGGUUAUCAGUGAUUGGUUAUCAUUAGUCAUGUAUAUUUGCACUUAACAUGUUUAAUACAUGUUUGAUAUAUAUAUUUCAAGGUGAUACCAAGUUACCAACUCAUUAUAUUGCUCUUCUCUACAUGCAUGUGUUUAAUUCUCGAUUGAUCAUAAUUCUUUCCCAAUUUUCCCAGUUUUUCCCCAAUCAUUUCCUACAUAUUUUGAAGAAAAAUUGGUGAAUUUAGAAUGAUCUUGUGUAAAAAAUAUCUUAAACACAAUCAUUUUGCUUGUUGCCCAGUGUCACUGACUGCAUAGACGACGGCUCACAAAGACAAGGGCCUCCCCUAUUUCUAUGAAUUUGAUGAUACAUGACAUUUAAGUUAAGCAGUUUAAAGCUUAGACCAUAAAUUGGGCUUUGCUGUCAAGGAACUUAACCCAUUGCAUACCAAGCUCACGCAGGGACAGUGUUGACUCAAGCCAGGGUUCAUAUGGAAAGUGUGUGUUUACUGUGUUAUAUCAAAAUCAAAUUGCAUCCAAUAAGUUAAGAUAUGAUUUUCAUAGAGAGGUCCCUGACAUCUCCAUGGUUUAUCAAGGUUGAUUUAUGCCAUAGCAUUGAGAUAAUUUUUUUCUUCUGAGAUACAUACAAUGUACUGCUAUUAUCUAGUCAUGUUUGCCAGAGGUUUGUCCACACACAUCACCAGUAGCGGUAUUUACUGUAUGGGACAGAAAAACUGGAUCUGAUGUUUCAUUGCAAGUGUUUGAAAAAUCCAUCUACCAUUAAUGCCCCAGUCCUACUGCCAAAUCGACUGCAAAAGGAGUGAUAAACCAACAUUAUUGGUCGUUUACGGUAAUGCAUGUUUUCUUCACUUUAUUGCAUAUCUGGAUCAAGUCGGUCUUGAGAUGCGCCUGUUCAGAUAUACAAAGCAAAACCACAGUGGGUUUGUUAUGAUGACAUAAAUGUAAUACCCUUCACAAAUUCCCAUGUUCUGUAUCUUAUAACACGGAUCUCAGUGAAUACGUGCAGGUCUUUUGUUGCAUGCAGUUGCGAUUCAUUUUCAUGUUAAAAUACUGCGGGUUGUUUUUUGCUGACCGUUUAUCAUGCCAUAUCUGAACGAACCUUUACUGUGAGAACAAGCUGUAAGAUGGAGAUGGAUAUUGGCAGUGUAUUACCUCUGAUGGCAUAAUGUGAUGUCUUGUUGGGAAACGUCCUUGGUAGACGACACAUUGACUUUAUCAUGCCACAUUACUACUGUAUGUCAACAGUUCAUCGGCACUUAGAUGGCACACAUGGUAUACAUUUUGUUGAGCAUAUAUAGGUAACAAAAUUGAGAGGGGGGGGGGGGGUGAUAUAUGUAUCGGACCCAAUAAUAAAAAUACUAAAGGGUAAAGAGAUUAUAUAUUUGAAUUCAGAUAUAGGGGAUUUAGUAUUAUUGGUCCUGACUUGUCCAUCUGCCAAACGCUAUGCAUAAUUGAAUUGAAUUCAAGGACUUUUUCUAAGCAGUUUCAUUCAUGAAUUAAAUAUGAGAGGUACGCACAUGUAACAGUCAUUUCCUCACUUAUAGUAUAGGCCUAUAUCAUUUUCCCCAACUUUGGCUAUGCCUGUAACAAAUAAUUUGAUAAGAGGUUGUUGUUUUUAUUUAUCAAACAGUCAAUUAUUCAUAUGUUUUGGUUCAAUUAUGCUAUGAUGUGGCAUCAAAAUUUGUUUCUAAAAGGUUAAACCUAUUUUGAGUUACAUUUUAGAAUAUAUCAUGGCACAAAAGUCAAGAGUCCUAUGUAAAGUUUUGACCUUAGUAAAUGAUGCUGAUGAUGAUAUGAGGGCUUUUCAAAAACAAUUCUUUCAUGAAGCAAUGUUACUACAUGUAUAAUGUUCUUCCACUUCAGAAUGAGAAGAAGAAACCUUUCCAAAUUAUUUUUUGCCUUUACAAGAAUGAAACCUUCCCUUUAAGCUGAGGUUGUUUGCGCAGUUUAUCUUGUCUAUAAGUAAGUAUAGUGCUACAGUCUCGCUCGCUUGCUGCAUUUAUUACUGCCAAUAGAUGACAACUUGCCUGCAUUAUUCAUUAACAGUGUCACGAGGGGAGUUAAGGCGAGAAUGGGAGAGCGCUAAGAACCUGCUCUGAAUGUUUAUGCUUUCAUUAGACCAUUUGAACAUGGUAGGCAAAUGUAGCAAUCUUAUUUCAAAUGAAAUCUCAAUGCAUUCAAAUUAGGGGAUGUUUCUUAUCUGGCAAUCUACUACAUUUUCCACUGUGAAGUGACAUAGUGUUUGCACCAGUUGUUGCUAGGUCAGGCAAGCCUUUAACAAGUUUUAUGUGAGAAUCAAAGGAUGCCUAUUGAUUUAAGAUUGAUGACAGAGUCAUUUUCAACAGAUUAUUAAUGAUAUCCCGAAUUAUACAGAAUAUAUAUGUUUAUCCUUGAAUCUACUUAAAUUAAAAUGAGAUCAAGUACAUUGAUAUUUGUAGUAAAGACUCCCUUUGCCAAAACUUAAAACACUGGUUAUCAAAUCGCAUUCUAUGAUAUAAUGAUUUUGCCAAGCCCUACAUGUAGGUAGAAAACUAGAUCAAUGUACAUGUAUAUUUGUAACGACUUUAAUUAAGAGAGAUUUAAUUGGGGAAGAAAAUGUGAUAUCUGAUUGUAAAUGUAAUAGCUUAACGUUGUGAUUAAUGUUUACUCGUACACUUUUAACAAUAUUACAAUGUACUUAACAGACAACUAAUUGGCUUAAACUCAAUUUAUUCUGAUAAACCAAAACUUGGUCAACAUAGCAACAACAAAAAUUCCAGUCGAUGUCUUUAGAAAUUUGGAAAAAACAGUAGACUAGUAUUAAAGCUCAUGAUUAGACAUUGUUCAAGUAUUUUGUAGUUUCACAGAUAUCUGGAUCAGUAAGACACUGAGUGUUAUCUGACGAUGCUGGUAGGUGUGAACGUGAUCUGAUUAUGGCAUGGUAGCUUCUCACAUCUCAAGUGUAUAAGGGAGAGGGAUGUAUUACCGACGAAGAAGAGCUUGUUAACAUUGAAUCUACCGUAUGUCAGAUACCUGGCAGUCAUGCUGUAACACAAGUAAGAGUGUUAUCAUCGUUAGACUCAGCACUCCAGGUUUUUAUCCAAAAAUAAAUGUUAAAAUAUAGGUCUACAUGUUGUAAUACAAUCAAGAUUGAUACAUACCUAGAGAUAUAUCUCUGAGGACUGAUACCAUCGUUUAGACUAGCUUGGCACUCUAGGCUUUAAUCACAAAAUAUUGAAAUGUUAUGUACCGUAUAGCCCUACAUGUUGUAACACAAGUCGAAGUGUUACCAUCGUUAGACUUCUUACUCCAGACUUUUCCCCAAAAGAAAUAUCUUGAUGUAAAGGCCGAUUAGAUCCCACAUAUCUCUAUGAAGUACAUGUAGUUGAGGCUUUAUACAUGUGAUCCUAUUCUAAAAUAGGUUUGUUAAAAGUGCUAGAUCCCACCAUGGUUUGGUUUAAACACUUGCAUACAGUCCGGUGUUUGUGAAAUUCCCCCUUCGAUCCAGUGUCAUGUAUUAAGUGUUUGUGAAGCGUCCAACAAUUUAAAAAAAAAUAAAAAAAAUAGCAUAUUUGUUCAUGAGAUAUAUUUUAAUUUGUUUAAAAAUUAUCAAUUUAUUUGCUAUUUUUACUGCAAUUUUUCAUUCUGUUUUUUUCAUUGUACAUGUUCACUGUAUACAUGUAUAUAUGUGUUCAAGAGUGUUUACAUGUUGUAUGCUCAUUGUAGCUGUUGGCAGAUUUAAUCGUUGCAAUCUAAUUGAACUUGUUAACGGUGCGGCAUAAUUUCAAUUUAAGCUUGUAACAGGUGCCGUGUUAAAGUCUCAUCUAUGUAAUACCUAUGCUCUAUAUCCACCCACGUAUUACAUUAACAUGUGAGGACCAGCCGGGAGGGUGUUUACCCUGCAUGAGUAUUAUGUUGAUCAAUGGGAUUUUCACUAUGAAUUUCACUUACACAAAUUCCUUUAGAGAAAUGAUAAUUAAAAGAAGUUUUUUGUUUCAAUUGUCACCAAUUAAUAUACCUUGCUCUUUUGUAUACCAUGGUUGUAACCUUUAAGCCUGUGUAUUAACAAGGCACAUUUCCUGAUUUUACGAGGGGGGGGGGGGGGCAUGACGUUACUUACUGCUAAUGAACAGACAGGUUGUAUCAUUCAAUAUUUUGAUAAAGAAUGAUAUUUCUCAGUAUUCCAGGUAGAUAAAGAGCUUUUUAGUUGAUCUUUUCCACGAGUUCAAAUCUUCUGGAGAAGUUCCUCAGACAAUUGUUUUAACUACUGAGAACAGUACUCCCUUGUGUGCUAGAGCAACAAUAUUCAAAAGAAACAAUCCUUGGCAAUUUGUUCACAUUUCUGGUAUUAAAAACAGAUGGUAGAAUAAUUAUUUCAAAGGAAACACCGGUAGGUAAACUGUGGUUGGUUAUUCUUGAAUGUAUGUAAAUGUUCUCUCUUUUCCUUUUCUCUCAUGUAUGCACCAGUACACAAUAGAAGUACCGGUAGCAUAUCAUCUGUGUCUACCUAGUUAUAUUCAAUGAUUUAGGUACAAAGACAUGCCCUUUUUAUCUUAUACUCUAAUUAGAUUGAAAAUAUCUGUUCCUUACAAUUUGGUCAUGGUUGGAUGAAUAUUAUCUGUAUGGUUAUGUAGUCCAUAUUCAGUUUAUUCACAAUGUAAGAAAGCAUAAUCAUACAACUCUGUUACUGCUUACAUACCGGUAAUCAAAAAUGGAUCUCAUGAAGAAAAAUUAAUUUAGAAGUAUAUCAAAUUAUCCAUGAAUUUGUAGACAUUCAAGCACAUCUAUAUUUUGCUUUGGUUUUAAUACAUGUUUGAAUUGUGAAACUGGUCUUUCUAUGGUUUACGGAAUCACAGAUGUCGGAAGUUGAUGUAAAAAGUUAUUCUCAGAUCUUUGUUGACAAUAUGUUAUGUCUAUAGUAUGCAAGUAGAUACUCUAUAUGGUCAGAGUUUAUUAAUCUUCUUGCACCAUUAUAUUAGAUGUGAAGGUAUGUUACAGUGUCCAAUACCAUAUACAUGUUACAUGCUUUGGUCUGUAUUUUGCUUACAUGUAUUGUGCUUAUGUUGUUUGCAAAUAUUACUUUUGCUCUGUUAAAGAGUGAAUGUUACAUGUAGUUAUGAAAUGGAUUACAAAUUUUAGCAGUAUCUUUUUUUCAUUCUAAACUCAUCAUUAUCACCAUAAUCAUUGAAAUGUAUGUGAUCAUAGAUGAAUGUAUAGAACAGAAUUCUAAAAACAUAGUUCAGUUCAGUAUAAAAUAGCAAAUUGGGAAUAAAAAUAUAUAGAAUAUGCAUCAUCUUAAUUUGUUUAAUAAAUUAUGGUAUUGAUGAAAUUUCCUUUCUUUUUAACAUUUAUUGCAUGAAUUUCCUUUAUAGAAUGUUAAUCAACUCACCUUUUGAUUAUUCAACUUGACCAAAAAAGAUAUUAAAGUUUAACCCUGUUUCAAUAUAUAUAGUUUCAUGUCUAAAAUAGAACUAAUAGUUUAUAAUAGAUUAGCUAAACAGGAAUGUUAGAGGCUGCAAUUUGUUUGUUGAGUAAAGUGUAAUACCGGAUAUUUUAGCAGGUUAUAAUCAGAAAAUUAUAAGAGUCACAAAACAUUUUCAAUGUUUAGCUAGAUACUUUUUGUCAUGGUGCAUCACGUUUACCUCAAGUCUCGUAAAUAAAUAUAGAAGUUGUAUAUUUCUGUUCUUUUUGUAGAUAAACAUGUAUAAAUGCUCAAUUAUAUUACAGAUUGUAUGUGGACAAAUAUCAUGUGAAAUAAACCAGAUUGCUUUAUCUAAAAUAAA